UUCUACGUGAUUCACAAAUAAAUGCUUUCUGAUGAAGCGCAAGCGCUGGCUCCGAGCCAAGAAACCGUGGCCUCUUCUUUCUGUCUUCCACGUUAAUCGAAAGACAACUUCUUUUACUUAGUUGAAAAGUGAUUUGGCUGCUGGCUUUUGUAGGGAAGCGCUUCUCUCAGCCUCGACGGUUGCCGUUUCAAGAAAUCCAGACGGCUUUAUUUUUAAUUUAAUAUUUAAAUUCCCUGGUUGUCUUCCCUGACGUACAGCUCAGAAACUCGUCAAACUAAAUCGGUAUUUUUUUAAUUAGGAAAAUUAAACGUGCGCGUUUCGAAACCGAUAUAUAACUGUAAACAAAUCGACAACACUCACUGCAUUUUCUACCUAUAGCCAAUGAAAAUAUCACACGUGGAAAUUUGACCAGCUGACUCCAUUUCAACCAGUCGUACAUUUACAAUAAUAGGCAGGUAAACAGAGAAUCUUUUCCCUUCUGAUAAUUUAAACUUUUUGUGAAGAAUCAACCGAAUCUUGCUGUGCCACCAAAGUGCUAGCUCACAGAGUCACAGUGCAGUCCAGUCCCUAGAUUCUACUUUAAUGUUUAUAGAAAAGGAAAAAAGAGAAAUAAAUAGAAAGGGUGAAAUUAUUGAAAGGUCUAAGCGGAGAGAACACGUAGUGGAAUUUGGUCCGUUUUUAAGUAACCAAGGAUAGAGAAGAACACGAUGCCUAGAUUAUUCUCCUCGAAUUAUCUUUAUUUGGCUACUGAAUUUCGCCGAUAAAUUGAUUGUUUUCUUAAGAAUCUUUUCAAUGUCGGGCGAAACGUCGUCAUCUAGCUUUACUCUAGAGGCAAUCAGCGAUGUCGAUGACUACAUUUGGGCAAAUGAAGGAGAGAGAUCAUUGCCAUGGGAUACAUACAGUCAUGUUUUUGAUUUGGUGAGAAAUGGAAACCAUGCAUUCCGAGAGAGUCAUUUUGAACAGGCAAUCGAUAAUUACUCAAGAGCCAAUAACAUCAAACCCAAUGACCCUAUUAUUCUGGGCAACAGAUGUUCUACUUAUAUGAGAAUUAGUCAAUUCUUGAAGCAUAGACCUCCAUCAGCUUCUGAGUCUAGACCACUGAAUGGGUUGGAUCCAACAAUACAUGCUGAGCUUGCUUUAAAGGAUGCUGAGAAGCUUCUGAACUGCCAGAGUAAUUUAGUAAAACCAUACAUUCUGAAGGCCAAUGCACUUAUUUUGUUGGAAAGAUAUGAGAUGGCUUGGGAUGUAAUUCUUUCAGGUCUUCAGGUUGAUCCCUUUAGCAAGUCUCUCCAGGCUUCUCUACAAAAUUUGGAGAGGACAACAACCGGUGAUAGGAGGAGAAAUCAUGGGAGACCUGAUCGUACAGAUGAUUUUGAUUGCACAUUGUGUCUGAAGUUAUUGUAUGAACCUAUCACAACUCCUUGUGGACAUUCCUUUUGCCGAUCAUGUCUAUUUCAGUCAAUGGAUCGCGGUAACAAAUGUCCGUUGUGCCGAACAGUUCUCUUUAUUAGUCCUAGGACAUGUGCAAUCAGUGUGACACUAUGCAACAUUAUAGAAAAGAAUUUCCCUGAGGAAUUUGCUGAAAGGAAGGCAGAGCAUGAUAGUUUAAGUAACCUUGGCGUUGAUUUGAUACCUCUCUUUGUUAUGGAUGUUGUCAUCCCAUGUCAGAAAUUUCCUCUCCACAUUUUUGAACCUCGGUACAGACUUAUGGUGAGGCGAGUAAUGGAAGGUAAUCAUCGAAUGGGAAUGGUCAUUAUCGAUCCCACUACAGGUUCUGUAGCUGAAUUUGCUUGUGAAGUGGAGAUUACUGAGUGUGAGCCACUUCCAGAUGGAAGGUUUCUUCUUGAGAUUGAAAGUCGCCGAAGGUUUCAAAUUCUACGAUCUUGGGAUCAAGAUGGGUAUCGGGUAGCAGAGGUUGAUUGGGUGCAGGAUAUAAAUGCAGAACCUAGAGCAAAUUUACAGGAACUGACCAAUAAUGCAGCAAGAUUUGCACAGUUAUAUUUAAGGAGGAAAAAAGGAGCAGCACGACAAGAUCGAAGAAGGCUCGAGAAACUCCUUAAUAUAGAAGUGAUGAUGCCCAGUCCACAAGAUCCUGAGCGCUUUAGUUUCUGGCUUGCUACCUUAACAGAUCGGAGACCUUUAGAAAGACUGGAACUCCUGUGCAUUCGAGAUACAAACGAGAGGUUGAGACGCGGACUGAUAUAUCUGAGAGCUGAAGAUCAAGGCUGCAGAGUGCAAUGAGGAGUAAUUCUUUUACAGAUUUCAUUUUAUAAGAAAAAAAGCAAAAUGUCUAAAUUCAAUACAAGUAAUUAAAUAUUCUUUGGAUUUGGAAAGAGGCAUUUUUCCCAGCAUAGAAGAAGUGUACAUGCUGACAUGAUACGUAUAGCUAUACGAAGAGAUGUAAGAAAAUGAGUUGUAACAUGGUUAUAAUCAGACCUUGUAAUGUGUUGCUGCAAGUUGGAUUUUCAAAGUUAUGUUAGGUAUCAUGCAGAGCUUGUUGUAGCCAGUAGUAUCAUAUAUUCUUUUGGUCCACCUGGUAAACUUUGUGGAUCCCUAUUUUUGUUGUAACAUAAACAAUUUGUACACAAAUUCAUCAACGGCAACCAACAGCAAUUUAUUGUUUUGGAGAAA